GGGCCGAGCCAGUGCUGGCCGGGCAGGGAUGAGCCAUGGCAUCAGUCAAAGUGGCCGUGAGAGUCAGGCCCAUGAACCGAAGGGAAAAAGAUUUGGAGGCCAAGUUUAUUAUUCACAUGGAAAAAAACAAAACAACAAUCACAAAUUUAAAGAUUCCAGAGGGAGGGACUGGAGAUACAGGAAGAGAACGUACCAAAACCUUUACCUAUGACUUUUCCUUCUGUUCUGCUGAUUCUAAAAGUCCAAAUUAUGUUUCUCAAGAAAUGGUUUUCACAAAUCUUGGCACUGAUGUCUUACAGUCUGCAUUCGAAGGUUAUAAUGCUUGUGUCUUUGCCUAUGGGCAAACCGGAUCAGGGAAGUCUUACACUAUGAUGGGAAAUACUGGUGAUUCUGGCUUAAUACCUCGAAUUUGUGAAGGUUUGUUCAGUCGUAUAAAUGAAACUACAAAAUGGGAUGAAGCAUCUUUUCGAACCGAAGUCAGUUACCUUGAGAUCUAUAAUGAACGUGUGAGAGAUCUGCUUAGGCGGAAGUCAUCAAAAACCUACAAUUUGAGAGUUCGUGAGCAUCCCAAAGAAGGACCUUAUGUUGAGGACUUGUCAAAACAUUUAGUACAGAAUUACAGUGAUGUAGAAGAACUAAUGGAUGCAGGAAAUAUAAAUCGAACCACUGCCGCGACAGGGAUGAAUGAUGUUAGCAGCAGGUCUCAUGCCAUUUUCACCAUCAACUUCACUCAGGCAAAAUUUGAUUCCGAAAUGCCGUGUGAAACUGUGAGCAAGAUCCACUUGGUUGAUCUGGCGGGGAGUGAGAGAGCAGAUGCCACGGGCGCUACUGGGGUGCGAUUGAAGGAAGGAGGGAACAUUAACAAAUCCCUCGUUACUCUGGGAAAUGUCAUUUCUGCCUUAGCUGAUUUAUCUCAGGAUGCUGCAAACCCUCUUGUAAAGAAGAAGCAAGUAUUCGUGCCUUACCGGGACUCUGUUUUGACUUGGUUGCUAAAAGAUAGCCUUGGAGGAAACUCUAAAACUAUCAUGAUUGCCACUAUUUCACCUGCCGAUGUCAAUUAUGGAGAAACCCUAAGUACUCUUCGAUAUGCAAAUAGAGCCAAAAACAUCAUCAACAAGCCUACCAUUAAUGAGGAUCCUAACGUCAAACUCAUUCGUGAGCUUCGAGCCGAAAUAGCCAGACUAAAAACUCUGCUUGCUCAAGGGAAUCAGAUUGCACUAUUGGACUCACCAACAGCUUUAAGUAUGGAAGAGAAACUCCAGCAGAAUGAAGCAAGAGUACAAGAAUUGACCAAAGAAUGGACAAACAAGUGGAAUGAAACUCAAAAUAUUUUGAAAGAACAAACGUUAGCCCUGAGGAAAGAAGGAAUUGGAGUUGUUCUAGAUUCUGAGCUGCCUCAUCUGAUUGGCAUUGAUGAUGACCUUCUGAGUACUGGAAUAAUCUUAUAUCACUUGAAGGAAGGUCAAACUUAUGUUGGCAGAGAAGAUGCUUCAACAGAACAAGAUAUUGUUCUUCACGGCCUGGAUUUGGAAAGUGAGCACUGUGUCUUUGAAAAUGUCAAUGGAACAGUGACUUUAAUACCACUGAAUGGAUCUCAAUGCUCUGUGAAUGGGAUUCAGAUCCUAGAAGCUACACACCUGAAUCAAGGUGCUGUUAUACUUCUCGGGAGAACCAACAUGUUUCGCUUUAACCACCCCAAGGAAGCUGCCAAACUUAGGGAAAAGAGAAAGAGUGGACUUUUGUCUUCCUUCAGUUUGUCAAUGACUGACCUCUCAAAAUCAUGUGAAAAUCUCUCAGCUGUCAUGUUGUAUAACCCAGGGCUUGAAUUUGAGAGGCAACAGCGUGAGGAACUGGAAAAAUUAGAAAAUAAAAGGAAACUCAUUGAAGAAAUGGAAGAAAAACAAAAAUCAGACAAAGCAAAAUUAGAACGAAUGCAACAAGAAGUAGAGUCACAACGCAAGGAAACGGAAAUAGUACAGCGACAGAUCCGGAAACAGGAGGAGAGCUUGAAACGCCGUAGCUUUCAUAUUGAGAGUCGGCUGAAAGAUCUGCUAGCUGAAAAAGAAAAAUUUGAAGAGGAACGGCUCAGAGAGCAGCAGGAGAUCGAGCUUCAGAAGAAAAGGCAAGAAGAAGAGAGCUUUCUCAAGGUCAAAGAAGAACUCCAGCGGCUACAAGAGCUCCAUAACAAUGAAAAGGCAGAGAAGAUACAGAUAUUCCAAGAACUUGACAGACUUAAAAAGGAAAAAGAUGAGCAAUGUGCCAAGCUUGAACUAGAAAAAAAGAGACUUGAAGAACAGGAAAAAGAGCAGCUGAUGCUUGUUGCCCAUCUUGAAGAAGAAGUCAGGGAGAAACAAGAUAUGAUCCAACUCCUAAAACGUGGCGAUGUCCAACGGCUAGAAGAAGAGAUUAGGGACCUUGAAGAAAUCAGAGGAUGUCUUUUGAAAUUUAAAGAAGGCCGGUCUGAGGGGGAAGAAGAUGGUGAAGAAUUAGAGAAAGCACAACUUAAUUUCCUGAACUUCAAGAGAAAGCAACUUGCACAGUUGACUAGUUUGGAGAAGGACCUAGUUCAGCAGCAGGAUCUCCUUGAAAAAGAAGUGGCAGAUGAAUGGGAAAUUCUAGAGUGUUUAACAGGUACCACUGAAGAUUUGAAUUUGCUUGAAGUAAAUGAUGAAACUCACUUGAAGGCAACACAGGUGGCCCAGGACUUGGAGAAAAUAAAGCCAACAGAAUACAGACUGCAGUAUAAAAAACGUCAGCUUCAGUACCUCACACAGAAUCAUUUGCCAGUUUUGUUGGAAGAGAAGCAAAGAGCUUUUGAAAUCCUUGACAGGGGCCUUCUCGGCUUAGACAACACACUUUAUGAAGUUGAGAAAGAAAAGGAAGAAAAAGAGGAACAGCUUGCCCAAUACAGAGCCAAUGCCAGCCAGCUGCAGAAGCUCCAAGCCACAUUUGAAUUCACUGCCAACGUUGCUCGUCAGGAAGAGAAAGUUAGGAAAAAGGAAAAAGAAAUUCUUGAAUCAAGGGAAAAGCAACAGAGAGAGGCGCUGGAACAGGCUGUCGCUAAACUGGAAAAGAGACAUACGGCACUCCAGCGACGCUCUACUCUAGAUGUGGAGAUUGAAGAGCAGAAGCAAAAGCUGGCCACUCUCAACAGCAAUAAUAGUGAGCAGUCAGGUCUCAGGGCUAGUCUAGAAUCAGAGCAAAAAGCCUUAGAACAGGACCGAGAAAGGUUAGAGUGGGAAAUUCAGCAGCUGAAGCAAAAGCUAUGUGAAGUUGGUGGUGUUCACAAAGGGCACCAGGGAACCCUGGUGGAGAAUCCGUCUCACUCCAACUCCCCAGCCAAUGCAGCCAACUCUCAGUCUCAUCUGCUUCCACUGGCCGAUGAUAGGCUUAAUGCUUACAUUGAAGAAGAGGUGCAGCGGCGUCUGCAGAACGUCCGUCCCAGGAUUAGAGAUAGUAGCAUCUGUGUCUCCCGGUCUAUAGAAAUGCGAAAGGAUAAUGAAAAACUUCACAAUGGCACUGCUCAGCGUAAGCUAAAGUAUGAGAAAAGACAAUCUCGGCCAAUGCAAUAUCUAGCUCCACUUAGACCUAGAGGUGAUACAAAUUCUUCCAUUAUCAUUAGAGAAGAAGUAAGUCAAGUAUACUUGAAGAAAGAACAAAGUCAUUCAGUAACAUGGAAUGUAUCAAGUUCUACAAAUUCCUCACUUGUGUCAAAAGGGAGAACCUGCCAAGAAAGAAACCAGUGUUCAGAGCAAGAGUUUUCACGUGAAAUUAACUGUAAGCUAAAUUGCCAUGAAUCUACUGGUAUUUUUGAUCAAGAUUUUUAUCAUGAAAAUUGUCCUCUUGACUUUCUUCAAACAAACAAGGGAAGUACAGAAUGUUUGCAAGGUAAGAUAGAGAAUCUCAGUUAUUCAAGAUACGUGGCAAUGACUGGUGAAGAUGCCUUCAGCUCAAGGAUUGAAAGCAAUUGGACCUUCCUUCAGCAUAAAUCCAGUACAGCAUCUAUAGAGAGUAGUGAUGAGCAGACCAGACAGAGCAACAUGCUUUGCUUAUUCCUUUCUGAAUCGAAUUCCAAUGAAAAGAGUCUAUCCCAGGCAGACUCCCAAGAGUUCACAGACCCACUUCCUAUCCAUGAACAGCAUCUUGAAAAGGAGCCACACAUUACAAAACAAAGCCCCCUGAAGUUCACCCUUCCACCUACAAAUGUCAGGACAGAUACCCUCUAUGGCUUGGAAUAUUUUUAUAGCAAGUUUUCUAGCAUUUAUAAAGAUACGAGGAAUCAUCUUCUCCAAAAUAGCACAAAGAUGGUCAAGCAAGCAAGACAUUUGAGUAGCUUAUAUGACCCUAGUAGUAUGACCUCCCAAGUAACAACAUUAAUUAGAAAUUUGCCAGUUCUUAGAAACUUGCCUCUGGAGAUGCCCUGGAAGUCAUACCUGAAGUGGUCAGAUCCACCUCCUUUAAACGAAGCUCAAGUUGUCAUGAGUGACAAGGACCAGCUAGAAAAAUGUUUGCCAACACAGAGCCCCAUGCACUAUACGGCCCCAGCCAUUUCAUUAACUUCAAAUUUACAAAGUUCUUCUCAAAGCUCUGUUUGUCAGCGACUAUGUGACAGUGGCAGAAAUCAUUUUGCAUUCAGGCAAACUCUUGUGCAGUUUCCAGCUGAACUACUGAGACUUCAGGAAUUGUCUUUAGAAGAUCUCCUAGAGUGUAUGACCUGCUGCCUCCCUGAACUUCUGGGCAAAGUAGAUGAAUUAAAAGGUGUUUAUUGGCUUGCUGUUGCUAAUUGCCGAGAGCCUGACCCACAACCAGCCUGUUUGAUUCUGUGUAGUUCAGCCUUAUAUGCUUUCCUUCUAUCAAAUUAUUGCCCAGACUCUCUUGAUAUUUUUCAGAUCCUUCCCCUUACUGUGCUUAGAGAGAUACAAGUUGGUUUUGGAGGACAAUGUGUAAGACUUCUGGGCUCUACAGAAGACCACUUGCUCACUCUGUUUAGUUACAACAAAGACUUCACUCAACAGAUAUGCUGUGACCUACUAAGUCCCUUAAUGUCUGUGUCAGACAGUGUCUUUUGUUUUAAUCAUCCUUUGCUCAGGGAAGAUUUAGUUCAGCUUUCACUCGAUUGGAGAACAGAGGUUACUGAUUUGGUUUUGACAAGUGGAGUGAGAGUGACAUCUAAAUUCCAAAAUGCCCUAGUUGACAUUAUUUACUUCCUUCAUGGAAACAUGGAAAGCAAUAUUCCCUCCCUGGCAGAGGUUCAAUUACUAUUAUAUACUACAGUCAAAGUAGAGAGUGACUCUGGCCAAACAUGUUGUAAGUCAUUAGUUCUUCUUAAUACACAUAUUGGACUUGUGAGAGAAGAUUGUGUUUUUUAUCCCCUUACAGUUUCUCCAAGAAUAUCUCCUCGAUGUUCACAGUUUGAUGUGUUUAAGUUACGUGAUUUAAAUGAAUUCAGAUGUGUUGUUGCAGACCAGAAAAACUUGUUAGAAGUGAAGCUUGUCUUUUUCAAAAAGCAUAAAAUUGCAUCUGAUUCAAGAAUUGUUUUUUCUGGACAACAGUUAUCCAGUUCCCCAUCGUAUGUUGUAGAUGCCCAAAAUGAUCCAUCUGACAUCUGGAAACUAACUUUUAAUUCACAAGAUGAAGCUCUUUGGCUAAUUAGAUACUUGACAAGAUUCUAGAGAGUAGAGUUUCAA